UUAACUUUCAUCAUGAAUGACACAGUAACUAUCUGGACCAGGAAGUUCAUGACCAACAGACUACUUCAGCGGAAGCAAAUGGUCAUUGAAUUCCUUCACCCAGGGAAGGCAACAGUACCCAGGACAGAAGUUCGGGAAAAGCUAGCCAAACUGUGUAAGACCACACCGGAUGUCAUCUUUGUGUUUGGACUCAAAAUCCACAUUGGUGGUGACAAGACCACUGGCUUUGGCAUGAUUUUUGACUCCUUGGAUUACGCAAAGAAAAAGGAGCCCAAACACAGACUUGCAAGACACGGCCUAUAUGAGAAGAAGAAGACCUCAAGAAAACAGAGAGGAACGCAAGAACAGAACGAAAAAAGUCAGGGGGACUGCAAGGCCAACGCUGGUGCUGGCAGAAAGGAGUCAAGAUUCCUGUGACUUCAUCUGUAGUCAUUGUGCAGGUUUUUCAUGAGAGGAUUAAUAAACUAAACUUUUAUGUGAAAAAA